GUCACGACUAACACCCUGUACAUUUGUCUGGGUUUGGUGGUUGAGAGAAAUAGAGAGAUAGAAUGGCGGCCAUGACUGCAGCUUUAUCAUCUUCAGUAGUUACAGUUCGAAAACAAAACCCAAUUCUAUCAUCAUAUUCUUAUUCACAAUCAUUCAAUCCAAAUCUCAGAAUCUCCAAUACCAAUUUCAUCAAAUCCCCGAUCAAUUUAUCCCUAUCCUCAUCUUCAUCUUCUUCACGAAUUGUUCCUGUUUCUGCAAGUGCUACUGAUUCUUCUGACACUUCAUUCACAGCAGCAACUGCUUUUCAUGGAGUUUGUUAUGUACUUGGAGAAAAUAUAGAUACAGACCAAAUCAUUCCAGCUGAAUACCUAACGUUAGUCCCAUCAAAACCCGAGGAAUACAAAAAACUUGGUUCAUUUGCUUUAAUCGGUUUACCAUCAGACCAAUACCCAAUCAAAUUUGUUGAAUCAGGUGAAUUUAAAUCGAAAUAUUCGAUUAUUAUUGCUGGUGAUAAUUUCGGUUGUGGAUCUUCUAGAGAACACGCUCCUGUUGCUCUUGGUGCAGCUGGUGUUACUGCUGUUGUUGCUGAAUCUUAUGCUAGGAUUUUCUUUAGGAAUUCUGUAGCUACUGGUGAAGUUUAUCCAUUAGAAUCAGAGACUCGUCUUUGUGAUGAGUGUACUACUGGGGAUUUGAUUACCAUUGAAUUGAAUGAGAGUUUGUUGAUUAAUCAUACUACUAAGAAGGAGUAUAAGUUGAAGCCUAUUGGUGAUGCUGGUCCUGUUAUUGAAGCUGGUGGGAUUUUCGCUUAUGCCAGAAAAGCUGGAAUGAUUCCUACUCUAGCUCCUUCUUCUUAAGGGUGUUGGUUCCAAUGGAAGAUCAAGAAGAAGCAGAAACAAAAGUAUGUUCAGGUUGGGCCUCACUGACUUGAGACAAAUGAAACUUUCUGAAAGCUUGUUACUCAAAUAAUGAUGUUGUUCUGUAGGAUUCACCUGUUUGUUGAAUUACAAAUUAGGAUUCAAUCAAUCUAGCUGUUUCCCUUCUAUUUGAAAAGCUUAGUUAAAUUUACUUUCUUAACAGUAUUAGUAUCAUGAGUUCUCUUCCUUGAUAUGCAGUGUCAAAAGUGAAUUGGACAUGUUGAUAUCUGUGCUUUUUUUUC